GCAAAAAAGAGCCCGUCGCCAGAACGCUGAAAAAACAGCAAACAAUUGAGGGAUAAAUAAAUACAAAUUCGAAACAGAAAUAGUAACAGAGUGACAAGAAGCAGCCGAAAAGCGAGCGCUGCCACAAAAUCGAAUAUUUGUGAGGGAUAGAAAGGAAACCGCCGAGAGGAUAACGAAAGCGCAGCCCCCGCCAACUUGCAACCCCCUCCAUCAGUCCAUCAAUCCAUCGGUCCAUCCAGCCAGCUAUCCCCAUCCAGACAUCCAGAUAUCCGGGAAUCCAGGAGAGAAAGGUGACGAAAAGAGAGCGGGAAUAGGAACAGGAGCAGCAGCAGGAGCAGGAGCAGGAUCCACACACAACCGCAACACAACAAACCCAAAACACACACUCCACAAAGAUGUCAUGGAGAUAUGCGCUACUUACGGACAGAUACAGCAGCAGCAUCGGCGAUAGAUAUAGUCCCCACUAUUAUCAGUCGCCCAGCCGCUUGGAGACCUCCGAACAGACCACGGGCCGCCAGCUGCAGCGUGUCCUGCACUACUCGAUGGCUCCUAGCCGGGCACUUCCAGGACUCCGGCGCGCCGAGUGCGCCAUCCACGACGUUGACUGUGAUGAGGUCUAUCCGGGCAUCUACAUUGGCGAUGCUGCGGCGGCCAAAAACAAAACGUAUCUGAGAAUGAUGGGCAUCACGCACGUCCUGAAUGCGGCCGAAGGAUGUCGCUAUGGUCAGGUGGACACCGGACACAGUUACUACCGGGAUAUGCCCAGCAUUAGACGCGGCCAUAAGGAUUGUGUUUUUAGGUACAUGGGCUUCCCCAUGGUCGAUGCCCCAACGACGGACAUCUCGCGCUACUUCUACGUGGCCUCCAAGUUCAUCGACAGCGCCAUCAGCAGCGGCGGCAAGAUCCUGGUGCACUGCCUCGUGGGCAUGUCGCGAUCGGCCACCUGUGUGCUGGCCUACCUGAUGAUCUGCCGGAAGAUGUCGGCGGUGGACGCGAUACGCACGGUGCGGAUGAGGCGGGAUAUCCGGCCCAACGACGGAUUCCUGCAGCAACUGGCCGACUUGGACAUGGAGAUCAAGCGCAAGAACCUGUAUCCCUAUUAAUGGGUUGCAGUCGGAGGAGAUUGAGGGGGCCUGAGAUACAACCAAAGAUCGAGAGAGGAAUUGGGGGGCAUGGUUCUUGAGAAUGGAUCCGGCAAACUAACCAAAAAAAAUAAGAAUAUUAUUAUGAAACGAAAUUGAAAAUGCAUAUGCAUAUGCAAAUGCAUAUGAAAAUGAAAAUCGUUGUUCUAAACAAAAAUUGAAGCCUACAAAGCUAACGACUUAUAAUGGUAACUUGGUCUUCUGAUAUAUAAACUGUUCAUCCCCAAAAACUGUAUAAUCGCGGCAUACCCAUAUUGUAGGACUAAUAUAUACAACCAGACAACCAGACAUCCAGAAGGGAAUCAAGUUAUCUCCACUAUCACACACACUUAGAGACCUAGAUUGGUAGAGCCACGAUCGAAGCAAUACGAGGCGAUCAACCUAUAUACCUUGCCUAUACCUAGACAUACAGAUUUAUAUACAUGUAUUCCGGACCCACAUCUACAUAUGCGUAUUUUUUGUAAGGCUCAUCUGUGUUAGCGUUCUGUUCCAUCCCCAUCCCCAUCCCCAUUCCCAUACCCAAACCUAUCCCCAUCCCUAAAUCCACAUCCAUAUCCCACAUCCGACUCUUCCAUCCCAAACAUAUAUAUGUCUACAUAUAUAAGAAGAGCUGAAACUAGAUCAUGAACAAUGUUUGCGGACACAAACGUAACCAGAUGCAUAUAUACUGAUAUAUAACUGUGUAACGGAUAUACAGCAUGCGUUAUAUACACCUAUACCAUAUAUAUACUAUAUACACCAAGUGUGGACAAUGUAAUAAAACCAAAUUCAUAUUUUCUAGAACAUGUACGAUGUUUAAGAGCAGACGAAACAAAUAACUAAACAAAAUCAAAUGAGCAGAACAAGUAACUAAAACUAUACUUAAGAAGUGAUUAAUAAUAAAAACAAAAGAAAACAAAACAAAACAUUAUCGUUUAAAAAUCUAUAAAAACCAUU